UCUUUGCCUCCUUGCGUUUGGAUUGGCGGAGAGCAAGCGGCGCGGCGGAAGUGCGUCAGCGCCGCCCCGGUGUGGCGGGAGCGGCGCGCGCGCGGCGGGCGGGAGCGGAGGAUGAGCAAAGGCCGCGAGGGCGCCGCGGCGGGCGGGGGCGCCGCCGCCGUCCUGCUGCGGUACCUGCGGGAGCAGAACCGGCCCUACAGCGCCCAGGACGCCUUCGGGAACCUGCAGCGGGAGCACGGGCUGGGCAAGGCGGCGGUGGCGAAGGCGCUGGAGCAGCUGGCGCAGCAGGGCCGCAUCCGCGAGAAGGCCUACGGCAAGCAGAAGAUCUACUUCGCCGACCAGGAGCAGCUGCCGGCCGCCAGCGACGCGGAGCUCCGCGGCCUGGACGGAGACAUCGCCGCGCUCUCCGCCGAGGUGACGGCGCUGCAGCAGAGCUGCCGGCGCAUGGAGGCCGAGCUGAAGGACCUGAACGGCUCCCUGACGACCCCUGAGAUGGCCAGGGAGAUCGAGGAGCUGAAGAAGGACUGCGCAGGCUACGCAGAGAAACUGGCGAGGAUUAAAUCUGCCACCAACCACGUCACUCCCGAGGAGAAAGAAAGGGUUUGCAGCGAGCAGAAGCUGUACUGCAAGGAGUGGCGGCGGAGGAAGCGAAUGGCAACUGAGCUGCUCGAUGCCAUCCUGGAAGGAUACCCCAAAAGCAAGAAGCAGUUCUUUGAGGAAGUUGGAAUCGAAACCGAUGAGGACCAUAACGUCACGCUGCCAGCAGCUGUGUGAGAUGCCUUUGCUCCAGGGAGGAGAAUUUGCUGAUGCUGAAAUGAGCCUGGUCUUUUUUUGUUUUGUUUUGUUUUUUUUCGUUUUUGUUUUUUUUUCUGCAGGGGUUGGGCUUGUCCUGCAUCUUUGAUAAGUGUUUGUUUUAAAAUGCUUUGUAGCUGGAUGGGUAGUUAGAGAGAUUAAAUCAGGACUGAGCCCUGUCACUCUUACUUGCGGAGGAACCUUUUCUUUUUUUUUUUUUUUUUUUUUCCCCCCCUGCUAGGCUUCACCAGUUGAAGUCCAGUGUCUUUACUGGGCUGUCUAGGAGAAGGUUUAAUUGUACUGUUUUAGACUUUCUGGUAGUUUGCCAGCAAGUAUUUGAUUUUGUUAAGUAAGAAAAGGAAGCGAGUGUCUCAGAGGGGUAAAUCAACCUGUUACUGUUAGGUUGGCAGAGCUGUACAGGUAUUUCGGCGUAUUUAAUAGAUGGUGGGCAGUGCUUCCCACUGUCUGUACUGGGCUGUACACAGGAAUACAAUUCAUUAAACACCAAGCGUUUGUUUCA